AUGGGAAAGUGCGACUUCUUUAUUUUUCUUCCAAUAUUCUUUUUUGUCUUAAUAUGGUAUGUUCAUUAUGUAUUAGGACAACCAUCAGAUGUACCGAAUGUGAGAGAUUUGAUAAAACGAUUUGAAAAUACCAAUGAAUCAGUUAAUUCUAAUGAUAAUAUAAUUAAUAGGAAUAAUCAGCUAGAAAGAAAUAUACAUUAUGAUCCUAAUAAUUUAUAUAAUAUAAGACAAAACCAGAGACAUGAGAACAUUGCUGGAAGAUCGUAUGUAAGUAGAAAUCCAAAUGAAUUUUCUAGUGAUAUUAUGAUAAAUAGAAAUAAUGUGCAUGAUGAACAACGUGUGAGAGAUGAAGGAAGAGAAAACAAUCGAAGAAGUUCUGUUCCAAAUAAUGCACAUACAUCCUCAAAGUAUUAUGGAAGUGACCAAGAGAUUAUGCAAAGUAAGCCUGUUAAUAAUUUACAUUUAGGAAAAUCAUUGGACGAUUUUUAUAACAAUUUAGGUGUUAGUUCAGACGAUUUUGAUGACGAUGAAGAAAUUAAUUAUAAUGAAAAUGAUUCUUUCAGUUCUUUUUCACAUAAUAACCAAAAUGAAGAUACAACUCUUUUAUAUGAUGAAUUUGAAUAUGUUGACAGUAAUAAUUAUGCUAGAAAUGGUAGUAGUAGUAGUAGUAAUAAUAAUAGUAACAAUAUUGGUAAUAAUGGAAAAAUCACGUAUAAUGAAAAUGAUGUAUAUUAUAAUGAUUCAAAUAAUGGCUAUUCAACCCUUUCAAAUAUACAUAGAGAUAAUAAGAUAAAACCAAAUUUAUCAUCACUAUAUGGCAAUAAAAUGUUUAAUAAUUAUUCAAAUUCUACUUUUAAUGAUGUACCAAAUAAUUAUAAUAGAGACGAUGAAAUUACACCUUUUAAUAAUAAUCGAAACGUUCAUGUUCCAUCAGAAUAUUCUAACCCUUUAGAUGCUUAUGUGCAUGCAAAUAAUCAACAAUUUUCUACCCAACAGUACGGUAAUAAUAUGGAAGAAAUGAAUAAAUUAAGAAGAAAAGUAAAUUUCGCACCACGUGAUAUUUAUACUGUAAAUAAUUCUUUAGAUGAACAUUCAAUAAAUAAUAAUACACCAUUAAAUAAUAUGGAUGCUCGUCCCAGUUACAUGACAGAAGGAAAUAAAAAUAUAAAUACAAACAUAAAUACAAACACAAAUACAAACACAAAUACAAAUACAAAUAAGAGUAAAAAGAGAUCAGAUUCUAACUUUUUUUCAAAAAAUAAAAAAAAUAAUAGUGCUAGUACAAAUGAAUUAAGUAGAUACAAAGAUGUUUCUAAAAAAAUAUUCAAAGAUAAUAUGUAUAAUAGAUAUGAAAAUAAGAACUACCCUAAAAGUGUGUACGUGUUCAAUGAAUAUCAAAAUAAUUUUUUUUUUAACAAAAUACUUAAACCUUCAUCUAGUAAUAGUAUAAGACAAAUAUUUCAAAAGAAUACCCAACAUAAAAAUACGAACAAUAAUGUAUCAGUAACAAGUGAAUUACAAGUUGCUACACAACAUUGUAUUAGUAAAAAUAAAAAUAAAUUAACAAAACCAGUUAUAUUAAAAUAUAUUGCAUUAAAUAAUAAAAAAUAUUUAAAUAAAUAUGAAUAUGCUAUGUCUUAUAUUCAUUUUACAUGUAAUAAUAAAAAUAAUAAAAAAAGUAACAUGUGUCUAGAUAUAAAACCUAUGCUUUAUACAGAAAAUGAUAAAAAUAUAAAUGAUAUGAUAAAUAGAUUACCAAAUAUAUAUAUAUUAAACACAAUAGAAUAUAUUUUAACAGACCCUAAAACAAGUAGUUCGUAUAAAUCCUUAAUUAAAAAUAAUAUAAAAAAUCAUCAUUUAACAGUAACAGAUAUUGUAUUAAUACUUUCAAAUAACUAUUUUAAAAAUAUAAACUCUAUUUUGGUAAAUCAUUAUAUUAGAUUUCUUAACACUAAAAAUGAAACAUAUUUGUUAAAAUAUUAUUUAUCAGCAUUAAUAUCAUUUGUUCCUUUUAUCAAACCAGCAAUGAAAAUAUAUUAUGACCAACGUUAUAUAAAUUUAAGUCUUUAUACAUUAAAUUUAGAAAUAGCCAAAGUAUUUAAUGGAUUACUAAACGUAAUUCUAAAAUGGUCACAAGCAUUCAAAAAUGAAAGUAACCAUAUAACAAAUCAAAUAGUCAUUCAGAUGUACAAAAAUCUUUCUUCCUUUUCUCAUAACAGAAAUCCAAAUCUAGGACAUAUGUUCAAAUCUCUAGAAGUAAUUUUACGUUAUCAAAGAAUAUUCAAUGAUAUAAAAAAGGGUAAGGAGGAUGAAUAUGAAGUUAUGAUAAGUUAUUUUACAAAAUAUAUUAGAAAUGUGUAUGCUAAAACAAUUACAUCUUAA